GAAAUCGAACGCGCCUAGAGUCAAACCGAAUACAGAAUGUCGCUCGCUCCUUACUUCUUCGACUACGACAUGCCAAGAUGGCCCCGCCGUCUUCUGGAACAGAAUUUCGGGCUCACAUUGUCGCCAGACGAUUUAUUCACUGCGACGAGUCCAAUUGUUCCACGGUAUAACAAAUUUUGGUGGCCACGCGACUCGAGUUCAUCAAUCAAGGUCGAGAAAGACAAGUGGUCUAUCAACAUAGACGUCCAGCACUUCGCACCAGACGAAAUUACAGUUAAAACAGCUGAUGGAUUCAUCGUUGUCGAGGGCAAACAUGAAGAAAAGCAAGAUGAACACGGCUUUGUGUCCAGGCACUUUAAGAGACGAUUUAAAUUGCCACAGGAAAUCAACACGGACGCUAUUGAAUCUCGCCUUUCUUCAGAUGGAGUGUUAACAGUUUUGGCGCCGAAGAAAUCUGAAACACAAAAGGGUGAGAGGAAUGUUCCAAUCACACAAACGGGUCCAGUGAGGAAAGAAAUAAAAGAUGACGCAGGGCAAGUGCAGGAACAAAAUGAGAAGAAAGAGAGUGAGUGAAGUUGUUCUUUAAUUAGGGAUUUCGAAAUUGACUGAAUAUUUAAGAGACUGUCAACUUAUUUAUAUUUUAUUUAAUAAAGUAUAACCUAUUCAUUUUCUA